GUCUACCUCAGGAAGUGGUUUACCCAAUGUAUCAACUCCGGAAACCUGUACUUUAUACAGCAGUGUAAAUUCUGCUGGUGAAUAACUAGUGAUUGUCACCUAUCAUGAACUUCGGCAUGAGUCAACCAUCCAUGUGGUAGUUAAAUAUCCAAAUAUUAUCAUGUAUCCAAGAGUCAUCCUAAAGGAAACCUUGUACAAGAAAUCACAACAAAAAAGAAGAACUUCACCAUGCAACUACAAAGAAAGAAUCUUCGUGUUAAACACACAGGAUCUGACAUACUUCGAGCAACGUCCUGGGAAAAAGCUAACUCAAAAAGGUUGCAUUGAGCUGUCUCAUAUCAAGUGUGUGGAGAUUGUACGCAGUGAUGUUCCCAUACCAUGUGAAUACAAGUACCCUUUCCAGGUCGCCCAUGAUAGCUAUUAUCUGUAUGUGUUUGCUCCAAAUAAUGACUGCAGGUUAAAAUGGGUCAGAGCUUUGAAAGAAGCGACACAGAAUAACAACUUAUUUAUGAAGUACCAUCCUGAUUUCUGGGUAGAAGGGAAAUGGAGAUGUUGUCAUCAAUCAGAAAAGCAGGCAGCGGGAUGCUGUGAAUAUUAUCCAAAUGGAGCCAAACCUCUUCCACCAACUCCAGAUCCAGCGAGACGAUCAUCAGAUUCAGAAGAAAGGAUUGUGGUGGCUCUGAAGAAUUUUACCCCUGAUGAAGAGACAGACCUCCCGCUUCACAAAGAUGAAGAGUAUAUUAUUGUUGAUAGCUCAGAACCAAACUGGUGGACUGUAAGAGACAAAAAUGGAAAUGUUGGGUCAGUACCUUGCAUAUAUAUUGCAGAAAAGGUCGAUAUUAAGAGAUUUGAGUGGUACGAUAAGGACAUAACUCGGACAGAGGCUGAGAAUUUACUAUUGGAAGAGAACAAGGAUGGAGGAUUCAUUGUUCGUGACUCUAAACACGCUGGAGGAUACACAGUCUCGAUAUUUGCCAGAGUUGCAGGGUCAGAUGGAAAUAAAUACCCCCAGGUUAAGCACUACCAGGUCAGAGUGAAGAAAGACGGUGAAAUUACCAAGUAUUACUUAGCUGAGAAAUAUCUGUUCUCAAAUAUACCAGAGCUUAUUCGCUAUCACCAACACAAUGCAGCAGGUUUGAUAAGCAGACUGAGGCACUGUGUCUCCAGAAAUGCUCAAAACUCAUCAAAAACAAAUGAGUUGAAUUCAGAGAAGUGGGAGAUUCAUCCAGAUGAAUUAAGUUUAAGUGAGGAGGUGGGCAGCGGGCAGUUUGGCUUGGUUUGGAGGGGCUUCUGGAAUGAACGACAGGUGGCUGUUAAGACCGUCCGUGAGGGUUUCAUGUCAGAGGAAGAAUUUAAAGAGGAAGCGGAUGUUAUGAUGCAAUUGUCUCAUUCUAAACUAGUACAGUUGUUCGGGGUGGUCGCUCAGCCUCUGUAUCUGGUAUUUGAAUUCAUGGAAAAUGGCUGCUUGACAGACUUCCUGCGUGCCAAAAAAGGCAAGCUUUCACAGGAAGACCUGCUGAAAAUGUGUUUGGACGUAAGUGAGGGCAUGGUUUACCUGGAGGGCUCCAAUUUCAUCCACAGAGACUUGGCUGCAAGAAACUGCCUGGUUUCUGAAGAUCAUGUAGUGAAGAUAUCAGAUUUCGGAAUGACCAGGUUUGUCUUAGAUGACCAAUACACCAGUUCUUAUGGGAGCAAAUUUCCAGUCAAGUGGUCCGCUCCAGAGGUGAUUAGAUUCAGCAAGUAUAGCAGCAAAUCAGAUGUGUGGUCAUUUGGUGUGCUCAUGUGGGAGGUGUACAGUGAGGGACGUACACCUCAUGAUAAACGUAGCAAUGCGGAGGUCGUAGAGGACCUAAAUAAAGGAUUACGGCUCCAGAGACCCCGCCUCUGCCCAAAGAGUGUCUACGAGUUAAUGGAGUGGAGCUGGAAAGAGAAACCUGAGGAUCGACCCUCCUUCGCUCUUCUCCUGCACCAGCUGUCCUGCCUUGAAUAAGAAUCUCGAUCCCAUUCACAUGCUCAUCUUUACCUGUUAUGAAACUAUGAAAAUAUUGUAUAUUGUACAAAUAACAUAUUGUAUUUAUUUGCAUAUUUUAUUUAUUUAUUUUUCAGAUUUGUUUUGUUAAAUCACUUAUUUCAUUUUAGGUUGUCCCUGAAUGCUACAUUUCCUGUUCAUACAUGCUUAACUUGUUCUGAUUACAUUUGGCCCUUAGGAGGCACACAUGAGCCAUGCUUAUGAGAAAUCUGAAAAUGUUUGUUUAGUGCUAUAAGUGUUUUCAACAAAACAUUACUUUUUUGACUAUUAGUAGGCCUACUUUUAUUUUUGCACACGAUUUUAGGCACUUUUAAUACUAAAUGUUACUAAUGAAGUUACUAAUAAACUCACAAUUGUAUAUUUGAUCUAAA